UUGAAGGAGGGCAGAGAGCGAUCAUCUUCAACCGGGUCGGGGGGAUGCAGAUGGACACGGUCCUCUCUGAAGGACUGCACUUCAGGAUCCCCUGGAUCCAGUACCCCAUCAUCUACGACAUCAGAGCCCGCCCCCGGAAGAUCUCCUCGCUCACAGGAAGCAAAGAUCUGCAGAUGGUGAACAUCUCUCUGCGCGUGCUCUCGCGGCAGCUGGCCUCCAACACUGCCUUCCUCUACCAGCAGCUCGGACAGGACUACGAUGAGAGAGUUCUGCCCUCCACUGUCAACGAGGUUCUGAAGAGCGUCGUGGCAAAGUCCAACGCCUCGCAGCUCAUCACUCAGAGAGCACAGGUGUCGCUGCUGAUCCGCAGAGAUCUGUUCGAGCGAGCUAAAGACUUCAACAUCAUCCUGGACGACGUGGCCAUCACAGAGCUGAGCUUCAGCCGAGAAUACACCGCCGCCGUGGAGGCAAAGCAAGUCGCUCAGCAGGAGGCGCAGAGAGCUCAGUUCUACGUUGAGAAAGCACUACAGGACCAGAGACAUAAAAUCAUCCAAGCUGAAGGAGAGGCUACGGCCGCCAAGAUGUUGGGAGAGGCGUUGACGAAGAACCCCGGCUACCUGAAGCUGAGGAAGAUCCGGGCGGCACAGAGCAUCGCCAAGACGAUGGCGACGUCUCAGAAUAGAGUUUACCUGAACGCCGACAGCCUGGUGCUGAACCUGCAGGACAAAGACAACUUCAAUUCAUUGAUGGGGAAUUAAAGAGGAUUUCCCAUCAUGCCUUGUGGUCCGCAUCUACAGGAAGGAACGUCCGAUCUACUCUGUGAAGUUUACGCGUCACUAAAACUGACUAUUUUUGAAGGGGUCCUCUGGUGUUGGCUUCAGUUUCAUGUUUUACAAUCCUGUCGAUCUCUUUCAGAAUUAAGAAAAUGUUCUUUAUGUGAUCAAAUAAAUCCGUGCUUUUUCUUCAUAUAUAUUAUUUAUGUAGAUUUGGACACGGCAUAGAAGAAAAUAAACAACACAUUUGUAUUUCCUGUUCUGACUUCAGCAUCAUUUAGAAAGCUUGAAAUACAGAUGGAAGCACCAGUUCUGCAAAAUCACCUGAAGAUAAUAUUGUGGUUCUUAAAAUAAAGUUGUGACGAUAAACGGUGAGAAAACAGCUGAAAUAUUACUCAUUUAUUCUUAUUACGUUUGUCUUUAUUUCCUCUUCUCUGAUUAAUCUGCUGAUUUAUUGUUUAGUUUUGGUCUUUGUUCAUUUGAUAAAAGUUGAAGAGCUCAUGACGAUGA